AUGUGGGUGAAGGACCUCGAAGACAUAGCUCAUGAUGCCGAUGAUGUGUUGGAUGAAUAUGAAUAUGAAGUUCUCCGGCGUAAGGUAGAAGUGCAAGACCAGAUGAAGAAAAAGGUACUCAAUUUCUUUUCACUCCACUACAAUCCCAUUGCAUUCCGUCACAAAAUGGCACAUAAAAUCAAGAAAAUCAACUCAUCUUUAGUCAAUCUGAAGAAGGAGGCAGCUGGUAUUGGUCUAGUUGCAAGUUCGACAUUCCAAGGUGGAAGCUCUCAUGAUGCAGGAGUUGACAGGGAAACCGUCUCCAGCUUUGCUCAAGACGAAAAGUACAUCGUUGGAAGGGAGAAGGUCGUGUUAGAUAUAGUAACAACCUUGAUCGACUCAAGCAAUACUCAAAAGAAUUCUCUCUCGGUUAUGCCCAUUGUAGGAUUUGCGGGCUUGGGAAAAACAACUUUGGCUAAAUCUAUAUAUAAUCAUGAUGAGAUAGGCAGACAAUUCACUAUAAAAAUAUGGAUAUGCGUAUCUAUUCCUUUCGAAGUCAAGUCGAUUUUAAACAAGAUCUUGGUACAUUUUAAACUAGAAAAGGCUCAAGAGAAGGAAGCAGCACUCAAAAAUCUUCAAGAACAUCUGAAAGGAAAAAGAUAUUUGCUUGUACUCGAUGAUGUUUGGAAUGAAGAUCCUGACAAAUGGAAUGAUUUGACGAGCUGUUUGUCAAGUGUUAAAGAUACCCAAGGAAGCAGCAUUCUUGUCACUACCCGUAGUGAGAAGGUUGCAAAAAUCGUGCAGACACUUCCUAUGUGUAAUUUGGGAAAACUAUCAGACGAUCAAUGUUGGCUCAUUUUAAAGAACAGAGCAUUUCUGGAUGACAGUGCUCCUUUGACUAAAGAUCAAGAGAGAAUUGGAAGGGACAUCGCCAGAAAGUGUGCAGGCCUACCAUUACUGGCAAAGGUUUUGGGAAAUAUGAUGCGUUUUGAAAACAUUGAUGGAUGGCGGGUUAUUCAAGAAAGUACCAGAUGGGAUUUAUCAGAUGGAGAUGAAAGAAUCAUGUCGAUUUUGAAGUUGAGUUUUGAUGAAUUAAAACCAACUUUGAAACAAUGCUUUGCAUAUUGUUCAAUGUUUGUCAAAGAUUUCAAUAUUGAAAAGGAUGACCUGGUACAACUUUGGAUGGCUCAGGGAUUGCUUCACCGUCCUUCUAGCCAAAGUAAUCUAGAGAUGGAGGAUGUAGGGAAUCAAUAUUUUAAUAUUCUAUUGGAGAAGUCCUUUUUUCAAGAUGUUUCAAUGGAUAACUAUAAUGUGAUUACCCAUUGCAAAAUGCACGAUCUUGUGCAUGAUCUUGCAGAACUUGUUUCAAAAUCAAAGAGCAAGGACUCCAAUGAUGUUCGACAUAUGGCCCAACCUUCAGCCUCAGAACUACAGGGAAUUCCAAAAGGAAUUGUAGUGCGCUCAAUGUUUUUGGAAGGUAAUAAAGUUCUUGGUAACAUCUUACCAAGAUUUAAAGGUUUGCGUGUCUUAAAAUUACAGGAGGCUUAUAUUACUGAGUUGCCAAUUUCAAUUGGAAAGUUGAAACACUUGAGGUAUUUAGAUAUUUCAAGAACAACGAUCAGAAGGCUCCCCCAAUCUGUUGGCAAGCUUUAUAACCUACAGACAUUAAGAAUUCACAAUUUCUAUCUUGAAGAGUUUCCAAAGGAACUGCCAAAUUUGAUUAACUUGAGACAUAUUUAUUUUGAUAGGGAGUAUUUUAGGGACUUUCCAGUUGGCAUUGGCCGGUUAAGUAAUCUCCGAUCGUUAUCUUAUUUUAUUGUGGGUAAGGAGAAAGGCCGUGGAAUAGAGGAGUUGGGUGGCUUAAUGCAUUUGAAAGGAAAAAUAUCUAUUUAUCGUCUGGAGCAUGUGAGGGAUAUAGAAGAAGCAAAGAAGGCAAAGUUAGCGGAGAAGACAAACAUACGCAAACUAAAGUUUGAAUGGGGGAAGACAGGUCAAGCGCCAUAA